AGCUCCAAAAUACAAUAAACUACUGCGGUGUUUACAAAACUACCAGUACGUGAAAUUAUUUAUAGGUAAGGUUGUAAACAAAAAAUCAAAUCAUCACAUUACUGUAGCAGUUUUUAUGAAUGACAGGCGAUGUUUACGUAAAUCCAGAGCCACAUAGAUUAAUAAACAAUACUUCAUUACUAAAAUUGCAGGCACAUCUUUAAAAAAACCAUUUGAGUGUUAUUAAAACACUUAUUAAAAUAUGGGACGUAUGGCGCCUUUACUGAUUCCCAGAAGCGAAUGGGAGAGAAUUAAAAAUCAAGCAAAACCAGAAACAGAACAUAAAGCGCCUUGUCAUGUAGACAUCGAAGCUAUGAACGCACAGUCUCGAAAAUGGACCAGCACCUGGCCAGAUUCGUCACAGGGGAAAGUCAAUAAAGUAAUUACGAAGAACAAGAAAGCUCGAUUAGAAGAAAUAAUAGAACUCAAAGCUUUCUAUAAGAAAGAGAAACGCGAUAAUAUGGCUGAAAACUUGACAAGGGCUCGAAAUAUGAUUUUUGAAAGAACUGGUUAUGGUAGAGAGCUGUUAAGUGCUCUUGUAGAAUCAAAAACUUUGGAGGAACGAGACAUACAAAUAAAAUUUACUAAAGACAUACAAGAAAAGGAAAAGAAGAUAGAAGAGGCUAAAUUACAAAUAAACAAUAUUAUGUACGCUGAAUUUGAAAAACGAGAGAGCGAUAAUGUUCUUAGGAAAAGGAAAGAAAGAGAAGAUGCAGAGUGCAAUAAAAUGAUCGCAGAAAAUAAAAAGGAAGACGCUUUUAGAGCUGCUGAAACGGAGAAAAAGAAUCGUCAAGAAGAUGAACUAUUGAUAGAAAAGUUUCAUCAAUUACAAAUUGCAGAAGAGAAACACGAUCAUUGCCUUGACAAAGAAGCCGAUAAAAUGUAUGAAGAGCAAAAAAAAGCCAUCAAAGAGUGGAGAGAGAAAAGAGAGGCACUGGAUCAAGUGCUUGCCGACUUGUGGUGCAAGCACCAGGACAGGAUCCGGAGAAAAGAGAAACAAGUCUUCGACCAAAUAUAUAAAGGAAAACACGACACCGGACACUUUAAACAGAAUUAUGAAUUGGUGCAACGCCUCCAAAGAGAAGAAGAUAUGAAAUAUAAGGACUUUGUUGAUAAAGGAGUAAAGAAAUUAGAGAAACAGUGACGUAACGACAUGAUUUUAGACAAUGAUUUUUUCCAAAAAAAAUUCGGGCCACGGAUUUUUCUUACAGUUUAUACCUCUUGUACUAUUAAUAAGUUUUGAAUUCUAGAAUAACACCCUCGGGCUAUAAUACAAUAAUCCACCAUUUAAUUAAACAGAUUGCAAAAGAGGGAAGAAGAAGAAAAACUCAAAAGAGAUCAACGACGAAGUAUGAAAACCUCUCAAGCUCAAUGCUCGGAACUGCCUAAUCAGCAGAAAUGUGAAGAGUAUCAGCGGAAUAUUUGCGUCGAUAAGCUGAGCUUCCUACCCACAAGAUGUGGGAAACUUGACUCUAAGCUAGCUUCACUCAAAGAAUCCCGCCUUCCCCCGCCCCGCCCGCCGCGACCGCAGUUCCUAGCGCCAUCGACCGCACUACAGGACGCGCUGAGGCAACGCCAAGCCCAGCCGGGUGGAUGGUCAGGCACUGAAACGGCGCAUGAGCAAUUUGCUAGGCAUGCCGCCGCCACGUUAAAGGAAGUUGCUUAUAAACGGCCAGUAAAAAAAGUAAUUGAGAGUUACUGCAAAACGAAUAAUGUAAAGAAGCUGCAAAUUCCAAACCUUUGAAACCCAACGUAUAUUUUUCGAAAAGGAGAUGAAAUAAAAUAAAAUUUCGACAAUCAUUAUACUACAUUUAUUUUAUGCUACAAUUGUUUACUAUAUACAAUACAAUAACCUGUUGUUACACA